AGAUCGUAUAAAUUCGCUAACUCGCAAAAGACAGUGCAGUUGAGAAAGCCCACAGCUGGCUGUCUCGACGUGUAUGCUUUGAAUAUUUCGCACCAUGUUAAUGAGUUUUUAUCAAAUUUUAAUUAAAAAUACAUGCAGUGCAUUCAGUAUACGAAAGAAAAUUAAUAGUAAAAGACAUUUACCCUCUUGAUCGAGUAUUUUCGUUAGUAUCAAUUGUGCAAUAAGGAAGGCGAGGGAAGAUGCCAGGCAAAGGAGGCAGAAGAGGAAAGUCCGGUCACGGUGGAAAAAGGGCUGAAUUAACAUCUGAUGAGGAUUCUAUUAACAAUGAUGCAUGCAGCAUCACCAGUGGUCAAUCUGACAAUCGCAGUGUGCUCGAUGAUGUUAAUGACAACGAGAUUGACGAGAUCGCGCAACAAGAGGCAUUUGAGGAAAAGCUGAAGGAAGCGAUAGAUGGAUUGACGCAGAAAAGUGCAAAGGGUAGAACCUUAUGCUUCAAUGGGAUCGAAAAAAUAUUUGCCAUAAAGUAUAUUCCUGACUUUGUGGAGGAUAGAAAAAUGACUAUCACAGAUUCUAUAGAACGGGGUUUGAAAAAGGGUCGUGGUGAUGAACAGUCUACAGCUGCUCGAUUAAGUACACUGCUCUGUGUCCAACUUGGAGCAUUCGAGAGUGCAGAAGUCGUUUGCAGGGAUCUUAAAUCUACAUUGACUUUCAUAGCCAAUGAUAAAACAGCACAACCCAAUGCACGAUCUGAGUGCUGCUGGGCUUUAAGUAUGAAUCAGUUUUUGUCCGGGAACGAUGCUGGGGAUACCAUUGAAAUUGCACAGUUACUCUCAAAUAUUUUUGCUGGCUCUUAUCUAAAAGGAAAUGGUGCAGUACCAAUAGUUGCUGCUGACAUGGCCGCAUUACAUGCAGCUGCACUAUCCUCGUGGACUUUGCUUUUAACCGUCAUGUCACCUGCAGACAUCUAUAAUUUACUCGGCAGUGAUCGAAUUAAUAAUUACAUGCCUUCUCUUAAUCGUCUGCGUGAAUUGUUAGAAUCUCCGCAUCUUGAAAUACGCAUUUCAGCUGGUGAAGCAUUAGCUGUAAUAUUUGAACUUGGUCGUGAGUACGCCGAAGAUUAUGAACAGGAUUGGGCACUCGAUCUCGUUAACGUACUCAAAGAUUUGGCUACAGACUCGAAUAAGUACAGAGCUAAGAAGGAUCGUAAACAACAGCGUGCGAGUUUUAGGGACAUAUUGCGAUACAUUGAGGAGGACAUCGUACCGGAAAUGCAUAUCAGAUUUGGAAGGGAAACUUUAUUCUUGGAAGGAUGGUGUGCUCGAGCUCAAUACAAUACAUGUUGUCGAUUUCUUGGGCCUGGUAUCAAUAUUCAUCUUGCUGAAAAUUUAUUGCUGCGUGAAAUAUUCCAUCUUGGUAAUAAAGUGUUGCCUCUGCAAGCAACUCAGCAGAAGACAAGCAAGCUCGAAAGGACACUCAUGAAUGCAGCAGCUUUUAAGGCACGUACUAUUCUACGCAGUAAGAAUCGUGACAAGCGUUCGGCGACUUUGACGACAUAAAUUUUCUUUUCCUAAUCCUUUUCGAUUUUUAGCGUUAGAUUAUUUCUUCUAGAUUUUUUGUGGCGUAAUCGAAUUUUUAUUUAUUUUACCUAUUGUUGAUUAGAUUAAAAAAAAGUCGUGUGCUAUUGCUUAUCUCGAGUCUAUGAAAUUUCAAUUGUAUAUAGCGAUACGAAUUAGAAAAAUUAACAUUAGAAUUAGUGAUAUGUAGCUUGGCUAUUACUUGUGUGGCCAAAUAAACUUGAUACUAUACGGUUGUUUAA